AUGUGGCCACACACAAACGAGUACCUCCUCAGACAAAACAUCACAGGACCGCAUCCCUGUGGCACGCGUGCCCAGCAGGCCUUCAGAACUGAGCCCAGGAACCUGACUGUGCGGAUGGGAGCCACAGCUGUGCUGAAGUGUGAGGUCCUGAGGGCCUCGGGGACUGUGCAGUGGGUGAAAGAUGGCCUCCUUCUGGGACCUCAGAGAAGUCUGCCAGGCUUUCCACGCUACAGCAUGACUGGAAAAAGAGGGCAGUACCAUCUUAAGAUCGAGAAGGCCCAACUAGACGAUGACAGCGUCUACGAGUGUCAAGCGGGCCAGUCUGAGAGCAGUGAUGCCAUCAUCUCCGUCCCAGCCUGGAUCAACGUCCAAAUUCCCCCAUCAGUGCCGUACUUCAUCGUGGACGUGACAACACCUUGGGUGGCAGGGAAGAAAUAUGACGUCUCCUGCGUUGCCCCUGAUGCAAAGCCGCCGGCUGAAAUCACAAUGUAUAAAGAUGGAGUUGAGCUGACAGGUGGAGCGCCUUUUACCAUGCCUGGCUCAAAGGAUAAGCUUCUGAACACGCAUGCUGAAGUAACCUUCACCGCUUUGAGCUCCGACGACGGGAGACAGUUAGCGUGCCACGCCAAGAAUGCUGCCGUCUCCCAGCCUGUGGUGACUGAGAUGACCAUGAGUGUGUAUUAUCCACCUGAUCCCCCAUAUAUCACAGGUUUGAAAAGAGAUGAGGUCAGGGCAGGGACAUUACUCGUGUUAGAGUGUGUGUCUGAUGGCGGAAAUCCUCGAGCUUCUCUCCAGUGGUCAAAGAAUGGGGAGGUUCUCUCUACGUCUUAUGACAUUGUGAUGCAGAAAUCCAGAAGUGUCCUCAAGCUGAAGAUCACCCCUGCGGACAACCAGGCAGAGCUGACCUGUGAAAGUGUCAACUUGGUCUCGCCAUUGCCGCUGUCCAUCACCCGCAAAAUAACGGUCUUCUUCAAUCCUGCAGAGCUGAAGCUGUCGGGUUCACCCGAGGCCGCCGAGGGGCAGGAGUUGACUCUGAGCUGCCACGCCGCCUCCAGUAAUCCUCACGUCCACAUUCGCUGGUGGUUGGGAUCCAAGGAGCUCAACAACACCGUCAUCACUGUGGAAGAGGGAGACAACGGAGGGAUGACAACGACUUCCAACGUGACCCACCGGGUCUCCAGAAUAGAGAACGGACUGAAACUGACCUGUGAGGCUUUUAACAACGGCACGCGCUCAUCAAAAGUCGAAAGCACAAAAAUGUGUGUUUUUUACCCUCCUCAAAAAGUCUGGCUGGAUUCACCACCGGAAGACAUCCCCCUUCACGCAGGCUCCAGGGUCACUCUUGUGUGCCACGCUACGGGGGGGAAUCCCGCCGCUACCCUGGCCUGGUUCAAGAAUGACAAGUUGGUGAACUCCGCAGAGUCGCAGACGUCCUCUCACAUGGCUGUAGCUCGAGUCCUCAGCCUGGAGCUGGCACCAAGUGACAACCUGGCCACCUACCGCUGCGAGGCCACCAACAAGGCCAAGAAGAACAUCUCUGCACAGACAAAGCUCCUGGUUCACUUUACAGCAGUCAGCAUGAAGAUCACAACCAAACAGGAGGUGCUUCGUCGGGGUGAGCUGGUCACGCUGGAGUGCCUGUCUGGGAGCAGCAACCCAAAGGCUGAUGUGUCCUGGAGAGUGGGCUCGGAAAGGUUCCAGGGAGUUGAGCAUGAACCCAAAAAGGAUGUGUACGGUGGUGUUUCUGUGCGUAGUACCCUGUCCCUGAAUCUGAGUUCACAUCAACACAACCAGAAGGUCAUUUGCCAGGCGUACAACCCGGUGUUGGCACAGAGAGCCAACACGUUCUACCACCUGAACAUCCUUUAUCCACCAGAAUUCAGUCCCAACCAGCAAAGAGAGGUCCUGGCAGUGGAGGAUGAUGAGGCAAGCAUCCCACUGCUGGUCUCAGCUAACCCCGAGGAUGUUUCCUGCAUUUGGCUGCAUCGCCGGGAAAGGCUGGUCAAAGGAGAGGAUCUGCGCCACCAGUGGUCUGAUGACCACUCUCUGGUGAUAAGAAACGUGACGAGGAAGGAUGCUGGGCUGUACACGAUCAAGUGUGAAAACGAAGAAGGUGUCAGUGAAACCUCUGUCAUGCUGGAUGUUCACUACGCUCCCAGUGUCACGGCAGAGAAAGACCCCGUGUUUGUUAACCUGGGGGGAACGGCCGACCUGAUAUGUGUGGCAGAUGCCAACCCCAUCAUAUCUGAGAUGUUCUCUUGGAAAUGGCUGGGAGAGGAGGAGGUGGAAAUGGGAGAGGAGACCCAGGAAGACGAAUCCAGCCUCCUGACCAUUCAUGAGGUGACUCGGGCUCAUGCUGGCCUUUACCAGUGUACAGCCAGCAACGACAUAGGACUUCCAGCCAGUGCAAAUGUGCAACUGGUUGUGCAGUUCAAGCCAGAGAUCCAGAAAGGACCCCAGUGGAGGAAGGUUGCAAGUAGAGGGGAUGGCAGUGUGACCGCUGAAUUAGUAUGUCAGGCAGUGGGCAUUCCUCCUGUCCAGUUCUCCUGGGAAAAAAAUGCAGUGCUCAUGGAUUUGGCAAAUCCCAGGUAUGAGGAGAGGACGGUGAGGCAGGGCUCCUUCCACACCAGCACGCUGCGAGUGGUAAAUGUGAGUGCAGCUCUGGACUACGCUGUUUUCAGCUGCACAGCUCGCAACUCACUCGGGGAAGACACGUUAGACAUCCAGCUCGUCAGCACAAACCGCCCAGAUCCACCAUCGUCAUUCAGCCCAGUCAGCGUCACCCAUGACUCGGUCACGCUGCAGUGGAUCCCUGGUUUUAAUGGUGGCUUGGAGCAGAGGUUUCGGAUAAGGUACCGUUGGGACCAGUCAGUCAGCUUCCUGUAUGCAGAUGUGGUCCCUCGAGAUGCAGCAACCUUCACUGUUACUGGUCUACAGCCGGAAACCGCCUACAACUUCUCUGUUAAUGCUCUCAAUCAGAUAGGAGAGAGUGGAUAUGCUGACAACGAUGCAGUACUGACCAUCACCACCAAGGAGAAAUCCGAGUCUGAGGAGGAUCAACCAAAGAAGCACCCAGAAACAGGAGGAGGAGGCCUGCCAGCCUAUCUGACUGUGGUGUUUACGGUUGUCUUUGGAGUCCUGCUGGUGUUAAAUUCACUGGGCUGCUACUUUGGACGGAGGUGGAAAAACAGGCGUGAUGAAACAAGGGCGGGAGAGGGCAGUGUGCUGAAUGGACAGAAGAACGAAGACAGUAGGUCAAGUCAAUCAACUGUGAGAAGCUCCAACAAGUACGAGAGCAGAGAGAAAAUCAACACAGAAGCUCAACGCACCCUCAUCAUCGACUCUGGAUCCGAAACGGAGAGCAACGUCUACGAGAGCUACGCAAUGGAGGAUUCUCGUCCUCGUCAUUAUCCCACUGGCAACUACCAGUUUCCUCUGAGUCCACACCCUGAGGAAAUACUUGAUCUAGGUGUGAUGCCUGGGAACUUUGACAGUCAUUUUUAUGAGGAUGUAAGAGAUUGGGGAGCAUAUCGUGACACGCUGCCUUCCUCCAUCCCCUCCCCUCCAUUUUUGUCCAAUCAAAGAUCAACCUUACAAGGAAAGGAUUGGAGACCACCAGCCAACCCUCAGGGUAUCGAGAGAAUGAGGCAGUUAAUGGAUGUUCAGCCGCCGCAGAAUGAUUAUGAUCUCCCAUUCGAGCUGCGAGGAGAGCUGGUCUAGAGGAAGAAGUCUAAAGAAAAACCUCGUGACUCAGCAGUUUGCAUUAAGUACAGAAAAUCACUACUGUUACGGCUUUUAUUUGUCCUGAACUACAGUUCAAAGUUGAACCCGUUGAGCACAAAUGACCAUAUCAUCACGUAGUUUUCUUUCAAGUGUUUUUAACUUCUCCUGUGUGUGUGUGUGUGUGUGUCACUUCACUGUCACUGACCUGAUGCAUGGCCAAGUAACUGAAUCAGAACAGAAAGCCAGAAAUAAUGUCAGAAAGAUUCAAAAGAAAGAUUUGCAAGCUUGAAUAAGCUCAUGCAGUUUGGGAUGUCAAAAUGAUGUUAUGCUGUUCUCUCCGAGCACAUUUCUGUGUCACGAGCCUCUCCCCUUGUGUUCUGAAGACUCGCCUUGUCUUUCCUUGCCCUUGUUUCACCCUUUGUCUCGUUUUUGUAACCGGGUCAUGGUCACCUCCACCCCCCUGCUGGCCUGCAGGUAGACAUGAAUCAGUCGGUUAGAGACAGAAACGGACUGACGUGUGUGGUUGGCACUGGAGCAGAAGCAACGCAGGCACACGUGCCACCCAUGCAGACAUCAUCCUUUUGACCCGUCUGACUCUUAACAUUUUCCAGAGUGUAUCCAGAUGAGAGCCUGAUGACAGGGAUCUGCCCCUCCCCAAGUCCACUACAAAGGCUUCCAGCUCUGACAGCUGGUCUCAAGGACUCCCUACAAAGGGAUCAUACUGAGCGGUGUUUAGCACGGUUAUGUCUUCAGGAGGCAAGGCCAUAUUUCUACAGCCAGACUCUAAUCCCUUUUUCCCUCGGAUUGAAGUUCAGCUCACAACAUCUGUGGGGGGAAAACCACGCUGGGAAUUUCAGAGUGGGCCGUCAGAAAGAUUGAGACCAGACGAGGGUUAGGCUAAGCUGCGACUGCAGCUACUGCUACAAAUAAAGCUUUCUUCUCUGCUUCAAGCAAAAGCACUUCUCAUGUGGGAAAUUAUAAAAGAAUAAAAACAUUUAGGAAAUAAAUGAAAUUGAUGCAAAUUUUGUGAAUUCCAUUUUAAAGUUGGUCUAAUUAGUGAUGCAUGGUAUUUAAAAGAAUUGGAAUAUUUAAAUAGAAAUAAAUCAGGUGAUAAAAUAUUCAGGGAAGAAAAUGAACCAAAGCAUCGGCACAUCUUAGUGUGAGUGAGAGACAACCAGCCAAGAGGACUCUGAUUGCUGUCAGUCAUGCUGAAUCAACCGCUGCCAUGGUUACCAGCUGUCUCUCAGAACAGCUAACAGUCUUUUAGGCAAAGCUGCAGCUCGGCAGAGAGACGAGAAAACACUCUACGUUACCACUUCGAUAUUAAAACUCUCCCUACAUUUAUUUUGAAAGUUGGGACGAUGAUGAGUAGCAUUUCUCACCACAGGAGUGGCCAAAAAUCUGGCCUGUCUCUUUUAAACAGUAUCUGUUUCAUUCUAAUUUGCCAUUGGUGUUAAUCGUGUGGCUAAUUCAAUAUUAAAAAUACAGUAGAAAGACAGUCA